UUCAUAUCUUUCACCAGUAUUUCAACAAUAAGUUUGUGUAACUGAUGUGUUACUACAUUUUCGCAACUGUAACGAUUGUCUGAUUUGAAAGCGACAACAGCUGUCACACGAUCAAGGCACCAUGGAGCUGAUUCAACAGAUUUUGGUCCUUCAACUUAACACUCCCCCCAAAUCAUUCACCUCCUCCUUCACGCUCUCCGCGUCCUCCUCUUCCUCCGUAUCUCUGUCUGCCAUCGUCAUCGUCGUCGAGUUGCGAUGCGGAAGCCUCGGAACGCAGUGCUGCUGGCCAGCGUGGUGGUCAGCUCGGUCACCGUCUUCUACCUGGGCCUCAGCUCCAUGGAGUGCCCCAGCCGCCACGCGAGCACCCACACCCACGCUCGCUAUGGCGGCUCUAGUGCCCUGCACCGCUACUCCUGGCCCCCCCAGAGCCAGAACAGCAACAACAACAGCCCGGGUCAGAACAACAACACGGGCGGGCCGUUUCCCGACACCGCCAUCCCGCUGGAGUACAACGAGAACACGCCGCUGAUCUUCGUAGGAGGCGUGCCGCGCUCGGGCACCACGCUGAUGCGCGCCAUGCUGGACGCCCACCCGCUGGUGCGCUGCGGCGAGGAGACCCACGUCAUCCCGCGCCUGCUGGCCAUGCACGCCACCUGGUCGCGCUCCGCACGCGAGCGCAUGCGACUGGACGAGGCCGGCGUCACGGAGGAAGUGCUGGACGCCGCCGUGCGUGCCUUCCUGCUUGAGGUCAUUGUGGGGCAUGGCGAGCUGGCUCCGCGCCUCUGCAACAAGGACCCCUUCACGCUCAAGUCGCUGACGUAUUUGGCACGGCUGUUCCCGCGCGCCAAGUUUGUGCUGAUGAUGCGUGACGGGCGGUCAGUGGCGCACUCCAUCGUGUCGCGGCGCAUCGCCAUCUCGGGCUUCGACACCAGCAGCUACCGUGACUGCCUGGUGAAGUGGAGCCGCGGGGCCGAGGCCAUGUACGACCAGUGCCUGGAGGCCGGCAAGGACAGGUGCAUGGUGCUGCGUUAUGAGCAGUUGGUGCUGCAGCCUCAGGUUGCCAUGCGGGCGCUGCUCUCCUUCCUGGACCUGCCCUGGCACCCGCACGUGCUGCACCACGAGCAGUUCAUCGGGAAGGCCGGCGGGGUCUCACUGUCCAAGGUGGAGCGCUCCACGGACCAGGUGAUGAACCCCGUGAACACGGACGCCCUGGUGAAGUGGGUGGGCAAGAUGCCUCCGGACGUGCUGAAGGACAUGGCAGACAUCGCUCCCAUGCUGAUCCGCCUGGGCUACGACCCCCAUGCCAACCCGCCCGACUACACCAAGCUGCAGGAGCCUGCCAACCCCAACCCCAACCCCAACGCCACGUCACUGGUGCAUACAGCAUUAGAAAGUCCUGAUCCCAGCUAAGACUGUUGUACCCUUGGUGAUCACAAUGACCAGUUAUUGAGGUAUCAAUCAACUGUUGGAGAUGGCCGUGGGUUCCUCCCUACCCUAAUUGAGGCUGCUUUUAAAGGAGUGCCAUGCUGAUCGGUUCCUUGCGGGAGAGGAAAUCAGCUGCCUAUGUCCGUUAACUGAGGAUAUAAUCCUCAAUGUAAUUACUAGUUAAAAUCUGAAAUUGUAAAAAAGACUGUAUCACAAGCACACAUGACAUGGUUAACUUGGUGUUAACGAAUGUCUACACUUCUCAUCUCUUAACGUGACUUAGAACUUCAUGUGUGAGAUUUAAUAUAUCUCUGAGUUGUUCGUCCAGAUUCAUCAGUAUUUUUUAUUCUAAAUGGAAAUGCAAAUACAGAGAGUAUUUUUGUGACAUCAAUGGCUGUGUUACACUUCAUGUGUUUUGAUCAUUUUUUGUUUUCUUCUUUGUAAAGGUCAUGAUGUGAUCUCAGAGAUUAUUUAUUAAAGAGAGAUUUAUUU